AUGACCGCCUCCACCACCAGCCCCUUCAGCUUCGGCGAGACCUUCGCGGUCCUCAACUUGGACUGGAUGACGGUUUUAAUCGACGCGGUGAGAGAUACUCCAGAAGGACAUGCAUUUAUCGAGAGCUGCAACAGGUGGAUCAAUGCCAUCCACCAAAAGUCCCCUCGUCCGCUCACCGUCUUCUCCACCCUCUCCUUUCAACGCGGCCAGCCCGAGGUCAAGCCCAACACGCCUUUCGCCAACCUGAUCGCCUCAUACGGCGAGUUCGCGACGGGCUCGCCAGAGGUGCAGAUCGCUGAAUGCUUCAAGCUCGACGAGCAAGACAUCAUCCUACAGAAAACGCGGUGGAGUGCCACCAUGGGCAAUUCUUUGGAGCAGAUUUUGCAAGCGCGCAACAUUAAGACUGUCAUAAUUUCUGGACUAAGCCUCUCUGGCGUGGUGAUGGCUACGGUCUAUAGGUUGUUCGACCUAGACUACGAUGUCUACGUGAUCCGCGACAAUGUGUUAGAGUUGCCGGUGGACCAGACCGCUGCGUUCUCGAGUAUUACGUUGGAUAUGCUGCUGCCGAAAAUGGGGCUCAAGGUUAUCUCUCUGGUCGAGGCGCUUCAGGCGUUGGAGCGGUCGUAG